AUGGGUGCAUGCCAAAUAUGUUGCGAUUUGCAACACACAUUGCUGCAUCCAAGGACUGCUGCUCAGGGGCCAAGGCAAAGGCAACCACAACAGCCACGCCAACGCGCUCGCAGAAGCCUCCCCAACCCUCCUCAACAGAGAGCUCAACAGCGGUUGGAUGACCUCCUUCAACGACUACAACAACAGCAGCAGAUUAUUCAACAGCUACAGCAGCAACAACGCCAACGACAACAACGGCAACGACAACAACUACAGCAACAAGCUCAGCGGCAGCCACAACGUCGCCAACAGCAACUUCCCCGACGCCAACAACUUCAACCACAAGCCAUAGCCGUUCCUCAGCCUGCGGCAGCGCCAGCCUCAACCCAGGGGCUGGUCAAUCAAAUUGUUUCAGCCCUCAGCCAACUGACAGGGUCCACAAUUGCACCAGUGCAAGGAGGCCGGCAUGUCGAAGCCCGGUCAGGCCGCGUUGAAGACGAUUUCACCGAUUUCCUGACGAUCUUAUCGACUUCGACGACGGCCUUACCGACCUUGACUGAAGGUCUCCAAACACUUCCUAAAGGCAAUAUUUUAGGAAGUGUUACGAGCAAGCCGGGCUUGGCGCCGAAGAAGAUCGGUUAA